ACAAAUGUUAAGUGAUUUCAUCAAAGCUCUGGUGGAUCAUUACUUCUCCACCACCAACACCAAUGGCUUCCCUUUACCUCAAUUCCUUACUUCCACUUCCUCCUUCUCAUCCCCAGAAACUUAUAGAACCUUCUUCUUCUUCUCCUUCCUCUUUGUUGAGCACUUCCAAUGGUAACGAAGUUUCUCUGAAGCCGAUUGUCAUCAAUGGAGAUCCACCCACUUUCGUCUCUGCUCCUUCUCGUCGUAUCGUUGCAGUUGGAGACCUUCAUGGCGAUCUGGGUAAAGCCAGAGACGCGCUUCAGAUGGCCGGCGUCUUGAGCUCUGACGGACGAGACCAGUGGAUUGGCCAAGACUCUGUACUAGUUCAGGUAGGAGAUAUACUUGAUCGCGGUGAUGAUGAAAUUGCAAUACUCUCUUUAUUGAGGUCACUUGAUGGUCAGGCCAAGGCUAAUGGUGGAGCUGUUUUCCAGGUUAAUGGGAACCACGAGACGAUGAAUGUGGAAGGGGAUUUCAGAUAUGUAGAUGCGAGAGCAUUUGAUGAGUGUACUGAUUUUCUUGACUACUUGGAGGACUAUGCACAAGACUGGGACAAAGCGUUUACUAAUUGGAUUUUUGAGUCAAGACAAUGGAAAGAAGAUAGAAGGAAUUCUCAAACCUAUUGGGAUCAAUGGAACGUAGUAAAGAGGCAAAAGGGAGUGAUUGCAAGGUCGAUCCUUUUCAGACCAGGUGGUCGAUUAGCUUGUGAAUUGGCGCGUCACGGAGUUAUUCUGCGUGUUAAUAACUGGCUUUUCUGCCACGGUGGUCUCCUUCCUCACCAUGUUGCAUACGGCGUAGAGAGGAUAAACAGAGAAGUCUCUACUUGGAUGAGAAGCCCUACUAACUAUGAAGACAGUCCUCAGAUGCCGUUCAUUGCGACUCGAGGAUAUGACAGUGUAGUCUGGAGCCGACUUUACUCAAGAGAGACUUCUGAGCUGGAGGACUAUCAAAUUGAACAGGUAAAUAAAAUUCUUCACGACACUCUUGAAGCUGUCGGUGCCAAGGCGAUGGUGGUCGGGCAUACUCCCCAGUUAUCAGGGGUUAACUGUGAGUAUGGUUGCGGCAUAUGGAGAGUUGAUGUAGGAAUGUCCAGUGGUGUUCUUGACUCUAGACCAGAGGUUCUGGAGAUAAGAGGUGACAAAGCUAGAGUUAUAAGAAGCAACCGUGACAGACUUCAUGAACUUCAAGUUGCAGAUUACAUUUGAAAAAGCUUCUAAAGACAAGAGCACCAGAUUCUCAUGUUCAAGAUCCAAACUUUAUCGCCAUAUUUCUCAUCAUGAACAAAAUAAAGCAUCAGAAGGUUU